AAUUGAACACAGUGCACAAUUAGACUUCCAACAAGUCGGUAUCAACACAACAAAAGACAAUUAAACUAUUCUCAUCAUUUCUAAAAAUAGAAAAUAAGUGAAAUAAUAAUUAAAAUUGCUGUUUAUUGCAAUCUAACAGCCAAAAUGGGCUACAAAAGUGUUUUCUUUGCAUGGGCUAUUCUCGCUCUUUGCCUACAACCACUUCAUGUGACAUCCUGCCAAAAUGUGGAGCAACGUUUUAAGUUUCCAAAUAGUGAUGUCUAUUUACGUUUGAUCCACGCAACAAAGCUUCAGUACCAGAUCAUGAAAGGUUCAAAAAUACUUCAGACAAUCACCUUGGAAAACACCGCCACUAACAAUAAUCUGGAACAAACGGCUAGCGGUUCAUUAUCACUUAAUACCGGAGAUACAACCAUUGUAUUCGACUUGAUUGCCAGCAGCGACGUGGUACAUGUGCGCGUCUCACGUACGGUUCCCACUGGAGCUCAGCCUAUUGAUUGCUUUGAUUUGGAUUUGGACAAUACGCACUGGUACGGCGGUCCCGAAUACAAAGAUCACUACUGGCCAGUUGAGAAGCAAACAUUGACUAAUUUCUCUUAUGUGACCAAAGAACUGGAAAAUAUGGGCGUAGCUGAACGCUAUUGGGUUAAUACCAAGGGCGACUUCUAUUAUGUCGAUGAUAAUACGCCACUCUUUGUUGAACUGAAUUCACUUGGAUAUGAAAACAAAUUGUGCUUCAGCGCAUUAAGCGCUCUUCCAUUCAAUCCGCGCGUUGAGAAGGUAACUUUCGUGUAUCAUGUUGGUGUGGCAAGUGAUGCAAAGGCAGCGCAUAUGUAUGCCGUAAAGAAGUUCCUAAAUCAUCCUACUGAAUAUCCGGACGAACGCAUGGUUACGCAUCCGAUCUGGUCCACCUGGGCACUUUAUAAGCGCGAUAUAAAUGAGUCUGUUGUGCGCGAAUUUGGCGAUGCCAUUUUGACGAAUGGCUUCAACAAUAGUCAACUGGAAAUCGAUGAUGAUUGGGAAGAUUGCUAUGGUGCGCUGACAUAUCGUAAAUCCAAGUUCCCCGACAUGAAGCAAUUAACGGAUGAUUUGAAAGCAAAAGGCUUCCGCGUCACAUUGUGGAUACAUCCCUUCAUCAACAAGGACUGCGAGCCAAUCUAUAGCGAAUCGUUGAAAAACGGCUACUUGAUACUCGACCAUAAUAACAAUCCAGACACCCAAUGGUGGAACAGCGGCCCGAAAGAAUCUGCUUACGUUGACUUCACCAAGUCGGAGGUGCGCACUUGGUUCAGCGAUCGUUUGAAGAAGUUGCAGGAGGAGGGUGGCAUUGACAGUUUCAAAUUCGACGCAGGCGAAACGAGUUGGAUGCCCGACGAUCCAGUGCUCCAAGGUGACUUGAGCCUCUCACCCACACAAAUGACACGCGACUAUUUGCGUACCGUUGGUGCUUUUGGCCCUAUGGUGGAAGUGCGUUCCGCACAAAAUACACAGGAUUUGCCUAUAUUUGUGCGCAUUGUCGAUAAGGACUCAGAGUGGGGUUGGAACAAUGGCUUAUUGACACUCAUAACGACAAUGUUGCAAAUGAAUUUGAAUGGAUAUCCAUUCGUGCUGCCCGAUAUGAUUGGCGGCAAUGGCUAUGAUGACAAACCACCAAGCAAAGAAUUAUUUUUGCGCUGGUUGCAAGCGAAUGUGUUCAUGCCCAGUUUGCAAUUUUCCUACGUACCAUGGAACUUCGAUGAUGAAACUAUUGAAAUUAGCAAAAAAUUCGUGCAAAUGCAUGCCGAUUUUGCACCUGAAAUUAUCAAGCGCUUUAAAUUAGCAACGGAAACGGGUGAACCUGUGAAUUUGCCACUUUGGUGGAUUGAUCCCAAGGAUAAAAUUGCGCAAAGCAUUUACGAUCAAUUCACGCUCGGUGAUGACAUCAUUGCGGCACCCGUCGUUGAACAAGGCGCUGUUGCGCGUGACAUCUAUUUGCCUAAGGGGGAGUGGAAGGAUGGUAAUACAAACGAGGUGCACCAGGGUCCUAAAUGGGUGAUGGCAUACAAAGCACCGCUAGAUACGCUGCCUUACUUUGUACGCGUGCAGAAUUAGAGGGCGAUAUAUUUAAUCUAUUGUAUGUAGAUCGUGUAAAUCUUUGAAAACAGUUAAAUAUAAAAUAUUAUAUAAGCACAAA